GUCAGAAACCAUUGCACUGAAGUGGGAGGUUAAUUGUGAAGAGAAUUUAUGCGAAUGUAUUUUUGAACCGCAUCUGAUUUCCAUCUGCCCAAUUUUGUGUCUCAAGUUGAGAAAGACCCCGCUUUGCUGCUUCAAUGGCAGCCCCUAUUCGGAAACUGUGUCCUGUUUUCUGUACAUGAUCUGUUUAAGUGACCAACAGAAACAUGCUGAAAGAGAAACAGAACUGUUCCUGUCUCUUCAAUUUAUUUCAAAUGGCGAGUUUGAUUUCUUUGUGUCGCUUUGUGAACGAAACCCGGAGACAAAAUGAUACAAUGACCCAACUAUGAAGCUUGGACUUGGAGUGUACUAAGUGAAUGGGUACACUCACAACUCUUUUGUUCGAGGUGUGGAAUAUGCACAUGUUACCUUGACAUCAGUGUACGGAGCUUCGUUCGUCUGGCCAUAGGGCGUUCACUGUUCUGCUUCGCUGAAUAUCUACAUGUAUUGUCAACUGAUAAUGACCGAAAAAAGACAUUUGCCGUCCCAAGUAUAUCAUUAUAUGCUACUUCUUCACUGAGGACCAUAUCCGACUACAAGCACCCACUGACAAAAGAUGAUGUCACCAUCACGCUAAUUUCCGGAAUGGUUAAAGUUGGUCUCCAGCAUUGUAGGAUGAAGGUCUUUUUCACUGCGGUUAUCAUAUUCACUGCCCUGGACACAGUUCUUGGAUUAGAUUGCUCCAAAUGUACUCACGUGACUAUAAAAGAUGUCCCUACCAUACUUCAAAACAUUGUAUUACCUAAAAGUCCGCUCUGCGCCAGUACUCCUGCUGGGCAGACGGCGAGUGGUGUGGGAUUGGUGCGCUGUCCCGCUAAUCCUCCCUCAGGGCAAGUGUACAAGUGUGGGACCUAUACCGGUACUGUGACUGUUGGAGUCGACACAGUACUCACUACAGUGACUGUGAAUGCCGAUAUAGUUUACCGAGACUGCGUAUUGAUGGACCCUGCCAUUCCAACCACCUGUACCCCACAAAACAACGUACCUACGGGUAACGCCGUCCUCAGGACUGUUUUGUCCGGACUAGCUGAUAUCAACGCUGUCAAGUUUGUCGGUACUAGAUGUGUGGAUGACCAAACUUCUAUGAACUCUUUCUCAAGGUCUACUGCAAUUCACAAGAGUGACAUGAAAACUGUACUUUGCGUAUUGAUGUUAGCAAUCAUGAAAUGUGUUGUAAGUUUUUGAAGAUACGUGUUCAUUAACCCAGCUCCGAAUGUUAACUGUUCAACGCUAAUAUCAGUGCGCUAAAAUAAGUAAACAUACCGUAAACAUUGAUUAAUUGGUGACGUAGAUAGUUUGAUUGAUGUGGUAAUGAGAUAUAUCAAAACAUAUUUUUAUGUAUUCUUAUUUUUACCCAAAUAUAACAUAUACUUGGUUAAAGUAAUGUAGUGCAAUUUGACAUAAUCAUUAUAAAUCUUAAAUUCUAAUGAUACAAUAGAAUAAAUACCGCAUGAAGCGCAUGCCUUUAAGGAAGCCAUCACAUGUUCAAUUUGCUCAACAUCACAAUGAUAACAUAAGAUACAACCAUGUACAGUUUAUACAAAAGUUUAUUGUUGUUUUUGUGAUUGUGUCACACCACUAAAUCAAGUGAUCCAAAGUACAAUUUUGACUUAUUAAAGAAGAACAUAAGUUUGGAAAUUUAGUAUCACCAAGCUGUCAAUAAUUUUACUAUUAUAAAUCCUCAAAUGUUGUCCAUAUUAUACGAUAUACACACACGAUAGUUGAUCACAGCUAUCGUAAGAGACGACAGAAUUAUACAAUCUGAUAAUGAAUGUGUAACAUCUCUUUCUGGUCAUUUAUGAAUUUUCUCGGGUCUUGAGCACCCUUAGAUAACUUGCUAAUGUUUAAUAAAUUCUAUGAAAAGUGAAAAUAACCAACAGUAAUCAAUAUCACAAAUCCCAUAAACAAUCGAACAUUAAGAGUAGGACAAACACUGACUCCUGGGCACAAUAGAAGUUGGAUCAGGUGCCUAGGAGAAGUAUCCCCUGUCGACCGGCCACAUCUGCCGUGAAUCCUUUAUCCUCCUCACUUAAACAGAGUAAUCCGUAGCCAAAAUCAGUGGGUAAAGAACGGCCUAACAAUUGGUAUAAAAGCUGUCGGACAGCAUUCGACCUAAUGACAGGUUGCAUUUGCAAUUAAGAUAAUUAUAUCGACCAUAUAAUUUGCGAAGACUUUCAACGAAACUGUUGAAACCCUUGUCACAUCAACUUAUUUGUCAGUAGCUUGUGCAAGGUGAAGAUAACGAACAGUGAUCAAUCUCAUAACUCCUAUAAGCAAUACAAAAUAGAUAGUUGGGCAAACACGGACCCCUGGACACAUCAGAGGUGGGAUCAGGUGCCUAGGAGGAGUAAGAAUCCCCUGUUGACCGGUCACACCCGCCAUGAGCCCUCUAUCCUGAUCAGGUAAACGGAGUUAUCCACAGUCAAAAUCAGUGUGCCAAGAACGGCUUAACAAUCGGUAUGAAGCACAUCAGACAGCAUUUGACCCAAUGCGAGGUUGUACUGAUGAAGUAGAUCGUUAUAACGACCAUAGAAUUUGCAAAAUGCUGACUUCAAUCGAGACUGUUGAAAUCCCUGUACCAUCAACUUGAUUGUCAGUAGCUUACCUCGAUUUAAAAACUGACUUUACGCAGAACAAGCUUAUAAAAUAUAUCAUAGUAUUUAUUAUAGGAGUUUUAAGUUUGAGAACUGUUCGUUAUCUUGCACAUUUCCCUUACAUUACUUACGCCUCCUAUCAAAGCAUCUUAGCUUGCAAGAGUAAAUGAUUAAAGCCAGAAUAAAUCAUAUUGAUACGCAAGAGCAUGUUCUUCGUAUGAUCAAUUCAAAUCAAUCAACACAUACUAAUUUUGAGUACGGUCGCUUACAUGAUCAAAAUAUAGGGUUCACGGUGGGUGGGACCGUGCAACGAGAUAUAUUUAAUUCUCCUAGGCACCAGAUCCCAUCUCUGGUGUGUUGGGGGCUAUCAUAACAAAAAAUGCAUAAUGACAAAGAAAGUACAAACAUAAAUUUGUAAAGAAAUAGCAAAAUAUUGGAUGUACCAAGAGGAAAACAAUAGAAGUGAAUGUUGUCUGACAUGUUUCAUACCAAUUGUUCGGCCGUUCUUUAUGCACUGAUUCUGACUGAUUACUCAGUUUACCUCAUCAAGAUAUAGGGCUCACGGCGGGUGUAACCGGUCGACAGGGGAUGUUUACUUCUCCUAGACAUCUGAUCCCACUUCUAGUAUAUCCAGGGUCUGUGUUUGUACAGCUUUCUAUUUUGUAUUCUGCAUGGGAGUUGUGGAAUUGGUCACUGUUCGUGGUCUUCACCUUUUCAUGCUGGACAGAGGCCCAUGAACUUUCAACGCAAGGGAUACUCGCUAAUAAAGGUUUCUAGUGAUUAUGGAUAUUAAGAACUUGGUUUUUAUGGCACUGGAUUGGCCAGAACGGAGGCGUAACAGAUAAAAUUGUAUGGUUCGAUAGACCAGAGGUCAUUCGUUAUCAUAAAUUAUGUAUAUCAAAUAAAAAUUAAGCAAAAAUUGUAAAUAAAGUUGACGGUGUAGUUAAAUGUAAAAGGUUUCGAAGGAAACAAUUGUUCAAUUCAAAUGCAAAGUGAAAUCAGAAGUCAGGUUUUUAAAUGUUUAGGAAGAGAUUAAUAUAGUAAGGAAUUCGGAAACCUAUGCGAGAGGAACAGAGAAAGAGGCGAGAUAGAAGUUUUCCUAAUGAAUGUUUCUCAUUUAUACAGGUAAGGUACUGUAUAUACGUGUACGUUUUAUAAUGCAUCUUUUGUAUGGUUGGGCUUAUCUAUUUUGUGAGUUGUGUUAAUUUAUGUCAUAUUGUUUAUAAUAUUGUGCAUUUUUAAUGACGAUGAUUUAAUAACAGAUUGUUUAUUUAAUAAAAGAGUAGACAAAACAGAA